UUAAUUGCUAGCAUUACUUGCAGGAAAAACCAGAGACGAAAGUAAGCAAAGGAAAAAGGGUCCGUUCCGUCGGGGGAAGUCACCUAGAUCCUUCGCACCAUCGCGCUAUAUAUAUAUAUAUAUAUAUAUAUAUUAUACGAGUCACAAUGCUCGGAGAACAACAGCAGUGAAAUGAAAUUUGGACUUGGACUCGCUCUUUUGAAAAUCGCAUGAAACUUAGGAGGCCAAACAGCAGGUGGUCAAAGAAGAUAUCGCUGGCGAGCAUGGCGGAGGGAAUUGCUUCUCCUGCUGCCGCAGCAGCAACCACCUCUCAAACUGCAACCUCUACCAGAUCGCUAUGGCCUUCCAUUCUUCGUUGGAUACCUACCUCCACCGACCACAUCAUCAGAGCUGAGAAACGCCUCCUGUCUGUUGUAAAGACUCCAUAUAUUCAAGAACACGUUAACAUAGGAUGGCCACCAGGUUCUAAUGUCAGGUGGUUUCGCUCUGUUAGCAAUGACCCAAAAUUUAUCAAUACACUAACUUUCGACAGCAAAGAGGGUUCUCCCACUCUUGUUAUGGUACAUGGAUACGGUGCUUCCCAAGGUUUCUUCUUUCGGAACUUUGAUACUCUUGCAGCUCAUUUCAAAGUCAUUGCUAUUGAUCAGCUUGGUUGGGGUGGAUCAAGCAGGCCUGACUUCACGUGCAAAAGUACAGAAGAAACUGAGGCAUGGUUUAUUGAUUCCUUAGAGGAAUGGCGCAAAGCCAAGAAUCUUAGCAAUUUUAUUUUACUUGGUCAUUCAUUUGGCGGGUAUGUUGCUGCAAAAUAUGCUCUCAAGCAUCCUGAGCACAUUCAGCACUUGAUUUUAGUUGGACCUGCUGGAUUUGCUUCAGAAAAUGAUUACAAGAGUGAAUGGCUUACUCGUUUUAGAGCAACGUGGAAAGGAGCCGUUUUGAAUCAUCUGUGGGAGUCUAACUUCACUCCACAGAAAAUUGUAAGAGGUUUAGGCCCCUGGGGACCAGAUAUGGUCCGCAAAUAUACAAGUGCUCGGUUUGGUUCUCGCGCACAGGGAUCUGUUCUGACUGAGGAGGAAUCCAGAUUACUCACAGAUUAUGUAUACCACACUUUAGCAGCCAAAGCUAGCGGAGAACUGUGUUUAAAGUACAUAUUUUCGUUCGGAGCAUUUGCUAGGAUGCCUCUUGUCCAAAGGGCAUCAGAAUGGAAGGUGCCAACUUCCUUUAUUUAUGGUUUCCAGGAUUGGAUGAAUUAUCAAGCGCAAGAAGCUCGCCAGCAUAUGAGGGUUCCAUGCGAAAUCAUAAGGGUCCCUCAGGCUGGCCAUUUUGUAUUUAUAGACGCUCAUGGUUUCCAUUCAGCGGUUCUGCAUGCUUGCAGGAGGUUUUUGUCCCCUGAUCCUGACAGUGAGUCCCUCCCUGAGGGCCUGACAACUGCUUAGAUGAAGAAUUCAAUGUUGUAUUACUAAAUGUAAUUCUUAGUGUACUAAAGAGCAUCAUUCUUUUGAGCGCAGGCUGCCCUUAUUGUAUCAUUAAUUCAAGCUUUAAAUGUAUUUAUUUGGUCUUGGCUCUAUGCAUUAUUUUAAAUGCGCCGAGAUCUUUGUAAAAUUCUGACAUAGGACGAAAGAAAAAAAAUGUAUGAUUUUAAAUUCGUUCA